UUUUGCUGGCGCUUUGCUCCAUGAGGCUGAUUGGUGGGUGUCGCAGGUGACGUGAGGGGCCUGCCCUGGCCGGACAGGAGGCGCUUUGCGCGGCUUCGAAAACUACCCGGGGUCCCGGCUUGAGGCCUAGUCCGGAAGGUUCUGAACGGGAAAGAAAAUGUCUCUCUAUGACGACCUGGGAGUGGAGACCAGUGAUUCCAAGACAGAAGGCUGGUCCAAAAACUUCAAACUUUUGCAGUCUCAGUUGCAAGUGAAAAAAGCAGCGCUCACUCAAGCAAAGAGUCAGAGAACAAAGCAGAGCACAGUUCUUGCGCCGGUGAUUGAUCUGAAACGAGGCAGUGCUUCUGAUGAGCGACAGAUUGUCGACACCCCACCGCAUGUGGCAGCUGGCCUGAAGGAUCCUGUUCCCAGUGGUUUUUCUGCAGGUGAUGUAUUGAUCCCUCUAGCUGACGAGUACGACCCUAUGUUUCCCAAUGACUAUGAGAAAGUGGUAAAACGCCAGCGGGAAGAACGACAGAGGCAGCGAGAGCUGGAGAGGCAGAAAGAGAUUGAAGAAAGAGAAAAGAGGCGCAAAGACAGGCAUGAGGCAAGUGGAUUCUCAAGACGACCGGAUCCAGAUUCUGAUGAAGAUGAAGAUUAUGAAAGGGAGAGGCGGAAACGAAGUAUGGGAGGAGCAGCUAUCGCGCCGCCUACGUCUUUGGUUGAGAAGGACAAAGAACCCGUGUCAACGUUCCCAUACGAAGAAGAAUCGAGGUCCCGCGGUUCGUCUUCCAAAGCAGCCAUUCCCCCUCCCAUGUACGAUGAGCCUGAAAGACCUCGGUCCCCGACAGGCCCCAGCAAUUCCUUCCUUGCUAACAUGGGAGGCACAGUGGCGCACAAGAUAAUGCAGAAGUAUGGCUUCCGAGAGGGCCAGGGACUUGGGAAACAUGAACAGGGCUUGAGCACUGCGCUGUCAGUAGAGAAAACCAGCAAGAGGGGUGGCAAAAUCAUUGUUGGUGAUGCUGCUGAUAAAGCAGAUGCAUCCAAGAAAUCAGACUCGAACCCCUUAACAGAGAUACUGAAGUGCCCCACCAAGGUGGUUUUGUUAAGGAAUAUGGUCGGGGCUGGGGAGGUCGAUGAGGAACUCGAAGGCGAAACCAAGGAAGAAUGUGAAAAAUACGGCAAAGUUGGGAAGUGCGUCAUCUUUGAGAUUCCAGGUGCUCCUGACGAUGAAGCUGUGAGAAUAUUUUUAGAGUUUGAGAGGGUGGAAUCGGCAAUUAAAGCGGUGGUUGACCUGAAUGGAAGGUACUUUGGAGGCCGAGUGGUGAAGGCCUGCUUCUACAACCUGGACAAAUUCAGAGUGUUGGAUCUCGCUGAGCAAGUCUAAUACCCCCCUCCCCACAAGGACACACAGCUGUUGGGCAUCCUCCCCUCCCUCCUAACUGUAUGCUGAGAACAGCGAAAAAUGGCAUCGAUUCUCUUCUAAAAAAUGGACUGGAAGAAAUCCCAGAAUGGAUUUUUCAUGUUUGUUGCGAUGGACACAGUUUUUUUUAUUUUUACUGUACUAUAAAAUCCCUUUCAAGUUA